UUCUCCCCCCACCCACUCUCUCUCUCUCUUCGUCUCUCUCUCUCUCUACCAAAACGAUGUCGCAGAGCUCACCGCCAUCACCGCCAGCACCGCCAUUGAUACCCUCUGAACCUCAGCACCAUUCUUUCUCCUUCAAAACCCUAAGCCCAAGCCUCCUCAUAAUCCUCCUCAUCCUCGCCGUCACGGUCGUCGCCUCAAUCUCGCUCUGCUUCCUCCUCCGCCACCUCAACGGCCGCUGUCUCCGCCGCCUCGCCCCGUCCUCAGCCGGCUCAGCACCAGCCGAGUCACGUCGAAUCUCGACUCGCCGAGUCAGCCCCGACAACGCAGCCUCCCUCCCUCUCUUCACCUACUCCACCAUCACCCGCCGGUCUUCCUCUACCGUCUCCGCCGACUGCGCCGUCUGCUUGUCGAAGUUCGAGCCGAGUGACGAGCUCCGACUCCUCCCUCUCUGCUGCCACGCCUUCCACGCCAUGUGCAUCGACACGUGGCUUCAAUCGCACCAGACGUGUCCUCUGUGCCGCUCCCCGAUCGCCGCCUCCGACGCCGAGCUCAUGGCGCUCGUCUCCAAUGCCGGCGCUGCGACGAUGAACAGCGGAAGCUUCCGUCUGGAGAUCGGAAACGUAAGCCGCCGCAACCGAACGACGUCGGAUGAGAGCUCCAUUCAGGCCGAUGCUAAUCGCCGGUCCUACUCAAUUGGUUCAUUCGAGUAUGUCGUCGAGGACGAGUCUUCGGAGGUGCGGUUGAGCAAUGCGCAGAAGGAAGAUAUCAUUUUGGUCGUCGCCGAGCCACCGGAGCCGCCAUCCCAAGCGUUAGAGCAGAGCCUAGCCGCCGAGGUAGGCUCGGGGAGGACUAGUUGGCUCAAAGACUACAUCGACCGCCUAUCGAGCUCUCUAUCUUCUCGUGAUAUAUCAUUUCGCAGCUCGGGGAGAUUUUUCACAGGAAGCAGCCGCCGGAGUGAGGCUUCCAUAAUCGGAGAUUGGGGCUUGGAGUCUGGCCGGGUCGGGGAGGAGAUAUCGGAGAUGUUCCGUUGGCUAUCAGGGGUGUAACGGUAAAUAAAGGUGAAAUCCCCAAUUUUGCCAGCUGACGUGGACUGAGUAAAAAAUUAUGGGUGGAUUGAGUAAAUUUUGGGUGGGAAAAACUGAGAAUAAAGCCAUCUGUACCUUUAUCUGCACUGUACAUAGGGUGAAGAAGAUACAAGGAGAGCUUUUUACCAGGACUACGAUUUUUGUGCGGUAAUAUUAGUUUUACUGUUUCGGAAAAAAAAAGAAUUAUGUAGCAGUUAAUUUCCUUCAUGUGAUUAGAGAUUGUGAUUGAAACAAGAAGGUUUAGAAUAUUUGGUUGUGUUUGACAAUUUUUUUAUUGGGAUUUGAUUGAAGAAAAGAAAAGAGGUUAAAGGCAGCCAAAUCACUGCAGAAAGAAAUAGGUAUGUUUCAUACUUGUUCUGGAAUAUUUGCUUUACAUAGUCACCCAAAAAGAGCGAACAAAAGAAGAGUAAAUUGGUGAAACAAAGACAGAGAGGCCAAACAGAUUUGGUUGCUUUGGAAAACUUUUUGGUUGGUUUCCUUCUUUUUAUCCUUUUAUGUGCAAAAUAUAAUCCACAAGCUUGUACGGAAAAGUUUGUGUUAAAUUAUGGAGUGCUGUUGUUGUAGUUUAUUGGUUGGGCAUCACAAAUUGAUGGGUCCAAAAUGAAACCAAAAGCUCCUCACUUCAUCUACUAAGAAAAUUUGGACGUGUCACAUGAGGUU